GAACACUUUGUAAUUUCAUUCAGUAUCAAUAUCGCAACAUAACAAAACUAGAAAAACGCAUAAUUAUAUUUUUUACAAAUUUGCAAUGGACAACCCCUUGGCAUCGGUGCUGCCUUAUAUAAUUGCCAUUUUACAUGGCAAGCCCCUCCAGAGCGCCGCCGUGGAUGAUAUGUGCCGUCAAAUCGAAGCGUGUGCUCAGAUGGAUGAAGCCAUGAUGGCCCUCAUCCGUUCAUUCGACACCCCCAAGGAGGCUGUGCAGUAUGGGAUAGAGUUGGGCAUGGAUAUGGGCCUUCUCGCCCAGUCGAAUGGGAUACUCCGCAUUCCUAUCAAGUUGGCCAAGCGCAGUCCCGGGGACGAGCCCCCAUGCAACGUGGAGGUUGAGUACGUGGAUCUUCGGAGCAGUGUUCAGCAGCGGGAGCUUCCGUGCAACAACGAGGAGUCUCUGUGCAACGCCGCGGAUAAGGAGCCGCUGUUCAGCGACGAGAGGGGGGAGUCCUGUUACAGCAUUGAAGAGCCUCUCAUCCCAGGCCAAGUGCUCCGAUCGGCAAUGAAGCGACUGCCUGGAACCACUAACCACUAACAGCCUUCCAUCGUAGCAUUGGCCAGCGGAAGAUGACCAAGACCCGGGCUAAGAUCACUACAGGAGGCGCCGGUGGCAAGGAUAUGCGUCAAAUCUAGGAGCCUAGUCAUAACCAAUGCCAAAUUAACCCCAAAAAACAAUCUGUUCAAUAUCUGAUUUUUCCUCUACAGAUGAUUCCUCCUUUCCUGCAACGAAAUGGCAUCUUUCUUUACAUAUGAUUUGAAUAAAAGGUAUUAGCUUUAUUU